AGCCAUACUAACCAUAUGGCAGUUGAACCAACUUCUUCGACAUUCUCAACAUCAACGAAUUCGGCCGCUCACCAUUCGCCAUGGCAUUCACCGGUACCAUACCUCUUUGGAGGCCUAGCUGCCAUGUUGGCUCUCAUUGCCUUUGCCCUCUUAGUCCUCGCCUAUUCUUAUUUUAAGCUCUACCGCACAAUGAACAACGACCUUGAGUCUGGAAACAAUAAUAGAGAGGACAAACAAGAGCAUUACAAGGCACCAAUUGUUUUUGAAGACAAUAAGUAUCUUGUUAUCAUGGCUGGGCAAGCAAAACCUACGUUUUUGGCUACUCCGAUUUCCAGCAGUACUGUGACUAAUUUGUUUGAUGUUGGAAACAUAUCGAAGGAGAAGGUAUCGACCACCGAAGUGGGAGAUGAUGGAGGAGAAACAUGGAAACCAUGACUCCUCAAAUCAGGAGUCCUAGGAAUAUUUGUGGGAGUUUUUAUUGUUGCAUGGAAAUUAGGAUUAGCUAUAGAUUACUUUGAUUUCUCCUAUUUUAAUUUUGAAAGAAAUGUACAUAAACAAUUACUUUGAUUU